AUGGCAUCAGCACCAGCACCUGCAUGUGAUGCAUCACUGUCACCAGUGGCAUUAUCAGUAGCAGCAUUAGAAAAUGAAGCAACUGAAACACACAGCAACAUCCGCAAACUGGAAACACUCAGGAAGAAGAAAGGGAAACUUCUCAACAAUCUUAUCUACUUGAAGAGGUGUCGGGAUCAGGACAUUGUACAUAAAUUUCUUCAGUUCAAAUUUAACAUCGACACUCACAAAGCAAGAAGCAUCUACAGGCGACCCAGUAAAUCUCUUCCGAAGGAGCGUAUUCAGCAGGUGCGGAGAGAACUUGACUUCAACAACAAACAGUUGCUGCAAAUACAUCUUCUGCUAUCAUCUACGUUAUCGCCCACCGACUGGAAUAACGUCGACAGAAUUACUCUCCUGCAAGCAUAUGCAGCCAGUGAAACUGCCGCCAUUCGCCAGAAGAAGAAAUUUGAGCAGCUAGCAGAGACGACACGGAACACUACGCCUCGACUGGAUACAUCUCGAACAGUGGUGAACCUUUCUCCUCAUCCCACCAGCACCGCAGCUCCAGAAGCACUAGCUAAAGGACUAAACUUUGCCGUCACACCUGAGCGGAUUCCCACGGAAUAA